AUGAGCUACUCAGAAAAACAUAGAAGAAACACUUCUCCAAAUUUACGAACAACAAGUGAAGACAGAAUUAAGUAAAAUUCAUCAGGUCAAUCUAAUUUAUUAAGUCUGGAGUAAUAAAUAGAAAAAGUAUUGAAUUAUUUAUAAUUAGGUUUAACAAUAACUAAAUAGAAAAUAUGAAGAUAGAAUCAAAUUUGUGGAAGAAACUCUCUCAGAGCAUGAAGAAAAAUUUGAAAAUUUCAUAAAAUUAAUUAAAUUACUCUAACAUUUUGCUACAACUUAAGAAUAAGAAAAUAAAAAUAUUAGAAAUCAUAUUAACAUAUCAAUGGAAUAAUUAUAUAAUGAAGAACUUAACUAAAUAAAAGAUUAAAAUCAAAAUAUCGAAUUACAAAUAAAAGAAAUUUAGAAAUCUUUUGAAAAAGAAUAACCUUAAAUUUAAGAAUUUGAAAUUAUUAUCAAUAAAAAAAUUGAUGUAAUUAUGGAUGAAGUUAGAUAAAGUGCUUUAAAAACAGAUUAUCAAAAAAUUGAAUAGAGACUAUUUAAAUUAGAAUAAAAUUUUAAAUAAGAAUAUCAAUUAAAGAAUAAUGAUUCCGAAAGAAUAUUAAGUAAUAGUUUAAUUUAUCAAAACUAAUUAAAUGAUUUAAAAAUUGUGUUAGAUAGUGUAAUAUAAGAUUAAGAAUAAACUAAAAAUUACAUUAAACAAAUAGAAAGAGAUAUAAAUUCAAAUAAAUAAAAGGAAAAGUUAUCCUAAAUUAGAUCUUCUGUUACUAAGGAAUCCUAACAUACAGAAAGUGAUGCUAUGUUCAUAAGACCUGUUAGAGAUUCGAAAGAAAAUAUGAAAAAUAAUGAAAAUAAAAGAAAAAAAAGUAAAUCAAGUCAAAGUAGAAGCGAAUCAAGGAAUGCAAGAUUAGAAACAAUAAAAAAAAAAAAAUAAGAAAGUGUUAAAGAAUUAAUUAAAAAGCAUAAAUAAUAAUAAAGUAAGCCAUAUUGA